AUGGAGCCCGAAACGGCUCAAUCCGACACGCCAAUCAUUUCUUGGCUUCAAGGCGGCCCCGGUUGUUCAGGCAUGAUCGGGAAUUUCUACGAACUCGGCCCUUAUCGAAUUACCGAAUCCCUCGAUAUCGAGCCCAACCCCGCUCCCUGGAACCGUCGAUACGGUGUCCUCUUUAUAGACAACCCCGUUGGCACGGGUUUUAGCGUAGCUCCUUCAGAUUCGGAUAUUCCUCUGGAUCAGGAUGACGUGGCUAGGGAUCUGUACACCGCGCUCCGAUCAUUCUUCAAUCUUUUCCCGCCAUUUCGACAGAGGCCGUUCUUUCUGGCAGGGGAGAGUUACGCCGGCAAGUAUGUCCCCGCUUUAGGCUCCCUCCUUGUAGGGAAACUGGAUAUGGCGCAGCAGCAGUUACGACAGCGUCUGAAAUUCAAACGCGACGGCGAGAGCGGAUACAGGCAUCCGUUCCGUCUGGACGGGGUUAUAAUCGGUAACGGGUUGACGCAUCCGCGUACGCAGGUGCAGGCGCAUGCUGAUAUCGCGUACAGCGCUGGGUUGCUGGACCAGCAGCAGCGGGAGAAGGCCAAGGAGUGGGCGAACCGCGUCGUGGCGCAUAUUGACAAGGAGGAAUGGCAGGAGGCCUUCCAAGAGCGGACGAAUUUCGUCAACUGGAUUCAGAGUACGUACAUAUCUCUUUUCCCUUCUUACACCCUCCCAUCUCCCCUCCCUCCCCUCCCUCCCCUCCCUCCCCUCCCUCCCCUCCCUCCCCUCCCUCUCCUCCCACUCCUCCCUCCCCGCUCCCUCCCCUCCCUCCCCCCUCCCUCCACUCGCCCCCCCUUCACUCCCCUCCCCCCACCUCAUUUGCAGAACGUGAGCGGCAUAGCAACACCUUUGGACAUCCGGAGAACCCGCGCCUACCACCACAACAAGGACAAGCAGGAGUACCUCGCGCUAUACCUCAACCGCCCAGAGAUUAAAGACGUCCUUAAAGCCGACGCGGCCACCACCUGGGUCUCCUGCAGCCCUCGCGUGCGCAAGCAUAUGUCCAACGACACUAUGAAAUCCACUAUGCAUCUCGUAGAAGGGCUCUUAAACCGCGUACCGAUGCUGCUAUACCAGGGGAUAUACGAUAUUAAAGACGGCGCCGCGUGCUCGCUGGAGUGGAUGGGGGAGUUACAGUGGAAGGGUAUGGAGCGGUUCUGGGCGGUGGAGAGGCAAUUGUGGGAGGUGGAGGGGGAGGUGGCGGGGUACUGGCGGGAGCAUGACAUGUUGACUCAUGUGGUGUUGCAUGGGGCGGGGCAUGAAGUGCCUGCCGACCAGCCUCUGAACUCGCAGCGCAUGAUAGAAACAUGGAUCAGCAAGCAGGUUGCCUCGGCAAGGAAACUCGAGUUUGUUAUGGGGGAGGUGUUAUCUGACGGCGACCACGACGAGGCGCAAGGGGAGGGUGUGGAGGAGGGGACGGGGGAGGAGGAGGGGGGGAAGGGAGGGGAUGAUUACGCAGGGGCAAUGAUGGCGGAUAUAAUGUCGGGAUUUGUAGAGGAGAUGGAGAAGAGAGGGGUGGAUUGGAGCAAGGUGGGCCCUGAUGGGGAGGGGUUUGAGUUUGCCGGGUUUGAACCCGAGUGGUUUGAACAGGGCGAUGAGGUGGUGGCGGGGGGUGGUGGGGAGGGGGAAGGAGAGGAGGGGGGUGAGGAGGGGGAAGGGGAGGAAGAGGGUGGAGAGGGGGGGGAAGAGAGUGAUGGGAUGGAUGGGGUGGAGGGGGUGGAGGGAGAGGGGGAGGGGGAGAUACGGAUGGAGGGGGUGAGGGCUAGCAACGAGGAAGUGCAUGAUUUGUGA